AUGUCAGAAUUAGCACAAUUUGUUUCUACGAUUCCGCCGGUCACGCGCACAAUCACGCUCACGUCGCUGGCUAUGUGUGCGCUGAACGCGCUCAAUCUUGUGCCGUAUGUGUCAUUUGUAUGGUACUGGCCUGCUGUCUGGAACGAGUGGCAGUUCUACCGCAUUUUCACCGGCCUGCUCGUGCCACACCCGCAGCCAAUGCAGGGACUGACCGAGAUAUACAUGGUUUACAGUUUUUCGCGGGGCCUCGAGGAGGGCAAAUUCUCCAGGAUCCUGCCUGACUACAUCUACUAUCAUCUCAUUAUUCUGCCCAUAAUAGUGCUGACCACAUUUUUCACUGCGCCGCCCCUGAUCUCGUCCACCCCUUCGCUGCUCUCUGCGCUCACAUAUACGUGGUGUGUGGCGAACUACGACCAGACGGUCAACUUCUACUUCAUGCAAAUCAAGGCGUCGUUGCUGCCAGCUGUUUUUCUGGGCUUCAGGCUGCUUGUCGACGGUCGAGCAAGUUUUUUCCAGGCCCUCACUGGCAUGUGCGCCGCGUACAUUUACAACUGCAUCGAGACCGCCUCCCUGGGGCCUCUGAUGUCGGUCAUCACAGGGCAGCAGAUGCUCGAGCCCCCUCACCGCGUCGGCACCACUGCCACCACCACAACCCACAACGUGUGGUACUACUCGCAGGGGUAUCUACCGGCCCCCGUGUGGCUCAGAACGACCAUUUCGAGGCUCACGGGCAUCGACUAUAACUCGCGCAUUUUCCAGCGGCCGUACGGUAUGAUGUUCCAGGCCAAGCAGCCGGCAAAGAGCGCCGCGACACAAACUUCGUUUUUGCGUAGAAUGUCCAACAACGCGUUCCAAGGCCGCGGCCAGAGACUCGGGUCUGCAAAGGAAUAAAAAAAAAGCAUCCAAAAAAAAACAAAAAAAAACGGUGGUGUCCCGCUAUAUAUAAACCAUGACAAGAGACUCGCCGCUUUGGGUCGUCGGCUACGGCUCGCUGCUGUGGAAGCCGCCGCUCCACGAACUGGACAUCUCGCGCGAGUUCGUCAGGUUUCCCGGCUACAUACAGGGCUACGCUAGACGGUUCUGGCAGAGCAGUUACGACAACAGAGGCACUCCCGAACAAAAGGGCCGUGUGGUGACGAUUAUCCCGAGUGACAAGAUCGUGGAUACGCCGGAGUUUAAGCCGGAUAUUCUGAAGUACGAGCUGGCAGACAACCCAGAGGCACAGCAGAUCAUCAACGACAGUGCGCAGCUCUAUUCCGAGCUCCGGGUCUGGGGAUGCAUUUACUACAUUCCGCCGCAAUAUGCUGCUAUGGCAACAAAGUACCUCGAUUUUAGGGAAAAAGACGGCUACACGAUCCACAAAAUCCACUUCAACGUGACAGACCCCUGCGGCCACGAAGACGUGUUGCAGGGUCUGGCGUGCGAAAACGGGCGGUACGUCGUGGAGUCGAUGAUCUACAUCGGAACGGUCGAUAACGAGUCGUUUGUGGGUCCAGAGGACGUCGAGACGACGGCAAAGGUGAUUCACAAGUCGGCCGGCGAGUCUGGGCCCAACGACGAGUAUCUGCUUCUGCUGCAUCGCGAGGUCGAAAAAAUGGGCGGCGAUCCGUAUUUGGAAGACCUGGUGAGCCACCUAGCUCGGCUCGAGUAGAGCCUCCUGCAUACAAGAUCAAUACCAAGUAGAUUUUACAAUUCCCGCGCAAUCGACUAGCCAAAU